AUGAUCAUCAUCACGUACCGAUCGUGGAGGUGGACGAGCGUUGCAGUUGUAUUGCCAUGGACGACCAGGUGCAGGUUGCUCGACCUCCUCGCCAUCCAGCAUGUUCUCAUCUACCAGCAGCUCCUCGUCCCCGCCAUAAUCAUCAUAUCCUUCGUCAGAAGGCACGUCAGGUGCAGCUGCUACAGCAGGAGCGGUUCCCAUAGGCACCUACACAUGAGGAACGCGGCGGGCGCGUCGUCGCACGUUGUCGCGAGGCUACGGGAGGAGGGGGGCCGGAGCAGGAGCAGCAGCAAUCUGGCGAUGCUGACGGAGAAGUCCCAGCUGGAGAGGCUCGCGUUGCUGCUGCGGAACAACGAGGAGGCCCUGAUGCGGCGGGUCAUGAAGUCGGAGCAAGAGCGCGUGGAAUACAUCGGGACUGUGACCAAUGCGUACAGGCUGUCGGUGGCGCUGCUGCAGGGCUGCACCGCGCUCAGGGAAGAAUCUACGGCGCCGAAGGCGGCGCCGGUGGCGCGAGACGUGCACGACUACGUCAUCUACGGCCUCAACCUGUGCAUGCAGAACGUGCGCAACUGCUGCAUGCGCGUGGACGUGCUCGGCAAGCUGAGGGCCCACUACGACGCUCUCGCCCAGGGCGUCGCCGACGACCCGGCCGCCGUGGCCGCCGAGGCCGCCGAGUUCAAGGCCUCCAUGUGGGAGUACUGCUACAGCCACCGGAGCGCCGCCGCGCGGGCCAGGUCCAGGGACUACUCCAACGUGCUCCGCCUCGAGGGGGUCGACCUCCCGGAGCUGCUCAGGAGGCAGCAGGUCACGCUCGGCCCCGGCUACGCCGGCGACUUCGAGGACCUCAAGGACUCCCAGAAGCUGGAGGUGUACAACAGCGUCAUCGUGGCCUCGGGGCGCGCCAAGCUGCCCGACCAGCUGGUCCUCUCCGGCCGCAGCGCCCGCAAGGGCAAGACUCUCGCGGAGGCCAUCUCCGUCUUCAUCAUGGCGGCGGGCAACAUGGUGUACGACGUCUACACCGCCGAGCACAACGCGGAAGCCAUCCUCAGAGGCAGCCUCAACGUCAUGGCGGCGGUGGGGGCAUUCGCCGUGGAUGUCGCCGUCACCGGGGCCGUCACCAAGGCUGUCGCCAACGCCGGCGCGGCACUGUUCGCGUGCUCGCUCGCCGGCUUUGUGGUUGGUGCCAUCGCCGGCCUCAUCUUCAUCACCGUCAGCGGCCGCCUCAUCGACCUCAUCAUCGGCUCCCCUAGAAAGGUGCCUCCCAUCCGGGACCUCAAGUUCCACACCGCCGUCAUGCCCGAUGGAAUGACCCUCGCCAAUCAGAUUGCUCGUUCAUGA